AAUAAUCGAUAAUAAAUGAUCUCGUAUGUUGCACCUUUCACGAGAUAGGUUCCUAUCUGUGAAUUACGCUUUGUAGUUGAUUUGUCAAUAAUCGAGGAUAAAGUUAAAUGCCAGAUUAACUUGUUCGGUGUCAUUUAAAUAAGUUCGGGAAGGAAAAAAAGAAUCCAGGAACAAUGUGGCGCGUCCCGAAAGCUGGCUCUCGAGGUCGGAGCCUUACUUGUUCAAAUGAAAGCAUUAAUACCGAAGGUUGAAACGGGUUUAACUGCGGAAUACUUUCAUCUGAGUACUUUUGAAGUACUCUGCCCCUGAGAGUGUGCAUAUACUUCAGGGGUAGAUACUCCUCGAUAAUUCGUUUUUCUCAAAAAUGGCAUCGCAGAAUCAAAAUGCUACAACUGUGAGUUCAACUGUUUCACCGGCGAAUGGAUCAUCCGGACCAUCGACGACCAUCUCGGUCUGUACCACGAAGAUGCAGUCGUUCGCUUCUACACCAUCUCCGCAACCUUACGAACAACAACACUCGUCACCGUCAUUGUCGCCAUCGCCGUCACCGUCGCCGUCACCGUCGCCGAUGCAACAGCAACAGCAUCAACAAACUUUGCAAUCUAACAAUGUAGAGGCACUUGACAAGAACUCCUCGAAUACGUUGAAACGCAAUCCAAAAAUGGAACUGAGCAAAAGCGAUUUAUUAAAACUGUUAGGACAUCUCGAAGGAGAGUUACAGGCAAGAGAUAUUGUAAUAGCGGUAUUAAAGUCGGAGAAAUUGAAACAUCUAUUACAUGCUCAAUAUCUGAGUAGAACUUCAGAUCCACAUGCUGCACUUAUACGUGAUAUGGCAUUAGCAGGAGGUAUAAUGGGACAUGAAUCAAAUCAAGUAGAUCAACAAGUUGCUAGUUUAGAAGCACUUGUGCAACAACAAAGACGAAUGCAGCCUAGGAUGACUAAAAUUCUUAAAGAUGCUGAACUCAGACACAGAGCAGUAAUCAAGGAAUUGGAAGAAGAAAAACGAAAACAUGAACAUGAUACUGCCCAAGGUGAUGAUAUUACAUAUGGACUUGAAAAGGAAAGAAUACGAUUAAAGAAAGAAUUAGAAUUAGAAAAACAAGAAAAGAAAAGACUGGAACUAGAUUUAAAAAAAGCAAAUGACACUCAAGAGGAAGAGAAAACACGGCAAAAACAAAUAGUACUUCUUCUAUUGGCUGAACGUACAAAAAUAAUCAGGAAAUAUAUAGAAGAAAGAAAAAGAUCAGAGGAUUUAGCACUGAUAUUAAGUGAGGAAAAAGUACGAAUAGAUUCUAUGGCUGAAGGACUUGAAGAAGAAAGUAAGAAGUCCCUACAAAUGGAAGCAGAAUUAGAGAAACAGCUUGCACAGUUUGAUAUGGAAAGGCAGCAAUAUAGACAAGCUUUAGCAAAAGAAGAAAAAAGGGCAAAGGAACUUGAACUAGAAUUAGAAAAACUUAGAAAUGAAAUGGAUAUGCUGAAAGAAUCUCAAACACGAGGUUCUCCAAGAGGAGUGGGUACAACUCCGCCACCUCCUCCAGUUAAGCCGGCUAACUUAGUUGCUAUGCCUACAGUUAGGCCUGCUAGUGCUCCCCAAACAAUUAAAGGCACAGUAUUGGGGACUGGGACGCCAAUGGUUAGUAGCAAAGUUGUUCAGCCCACUGCCACGGUAUCUAGUGUUCCUGUCAGCGGUCCAACUACUGGAAUUGCUAGAUCAGUAACUCCUGGACAAGCAUUACGCGGGGUCACGUACACGUCCAAUGUAACGUCUACUGGAGCAGAGACUACGGCUUCUUCAGAAACGCAGGCUGUAGACAAACGUGUGGUUGUACCUGCUCCUGUUAAUCCUGGAGGCGCGGUAAAACUUAUACCGCCAACGCAAACUGCAGGCAAACUUGGUUUUCAUGUUGGCUCUGGUUCGACGGUUCAAGCAUCCGGUAUGCUGCCCUCGAAAAAGCCACCAAUAUCGCGCGGAGUUCCUCCUCCAGUACCGCCGAAUAAACCGGUGGUACCACCUAAAAAGGAGGCUGCUUAUCUUAGGAGGACUGAGUCGUCACAAGCGACACAGGAUGCCGUAAAAAUUGGUAAACAAGCUGCAACGCAUCCUGCUAGUGCACCCACUGCUCCGCAAGUCCAACAGGCAAUAGCAGCCUUUACUCAAGCCUCCGAAGAAGAGACAAAGCCACGUUGAUUUAACAGCGGGUAGGAAAAAAAAGAAACGCAGUGAGCAUUACUACUAACGUUUAAGAAAGUCUGAAUCCUGUAUACCGUGUAAAACAAAAAGAAACUAAAUGAUACUUGGGUUAGCGUAUUGGAACCACACGGCGCGGGAUCUAUAACGACGUUUCUGAAUCAACGAAACAAAAACAAAAACAAAGAAAGAAUGAGAAAAAGAAAGAAACGUGCGUGCCCAAACUGCUCGUUCAUCGAUUGAUCUUACCUUGCGUAUAAUAUAAGACAUCAUUUAUCCAAUAUCGCUAGAUCUCGCCCAGCCGGACCGAUCUCAAUGGAUCCGUCGGCGAUCAUUGACGAUCCACCACGAAACUAUGCUUGUAACAUUGUACUAUAGCCGUGAAGUCGAAUCGAAAUCGGAUUAUUCGAAUUAUUUAAGGUAGACUCUUGUAGAUUCUGUAGUUUAUUAACUCUCGAUCCGUUUCCGAAUUACGUUAAACAGAAACAGAGAGAAGAGAAAUCAGUAGACGAGUUAGUAUCGUUGUAAACAAGCUAUCUCCAAUAUGAAGGAACGAUACCGUUGUCUACAGUGGACGUGAAUAAUAAAUGUUUAUGCGAUACAGAGAAUUAGACCGUGUAACGUGUUAACAAUGAAGAAACAAAUACUAAAUACUUUUUAGGUAGAGAAAUGUGUAAAAGGGUCAUUUAACGUUGAACUCGCGAGGUCUGUUCCUGCCCGGGGUUAUCAUAACGUUUGACGAUGACAAGUUGUUGCACAGGAAAUGGCUGCUUUCGCUAACGGAUACAUUGUUUUACGAACCGUAAGAGUCCUUCUCUUCUUACUCUGUAUUUGUUUAUAAGUAGAUGCUUUUUAAAUUGUCAUAUCGAAUAAAAGCUUAGUGGUCCUAUUUUUAUAGAUAAAGCUAUAAAUAAAUGUUGAUCUUUCCUAAAUAUAGGUAAAUAAAUCGUUACUUAUUUAUUUAUUUGUAUUAUAAAUAAUAUAGACAUCUAUAUCACAUUAUACUAUUACUAAUAUAGAUAAAUAAAUAAGUGAAUAAAUAUAAAUAGGUACGUGUCCUAUUCUCACAUUCAAAGUUUGAUUCUUCGAACAUGUCUUCCAUAAUUAUAGGUCCACUAACAGAUAGAAUUUAACUUCACUUUCCCGAAUGAAACACGAAAACCUUCAUGGCUAAAUUAAAAGGUACGUGUUAGCGAAAUAUGCAUUCGAAAUACAGAAGGACUCUAACUGCUUUGGGGUGAGUGUCAUGCAGUCGAGUACAGUCUUCUUAGCAGAAGACGCUUGCCUUUUUCACUCUGUGGUUAAAUCCUUCAGGAACGAUGUCCUUAUUUUCUGCAAUGCAAGUGGUAGCGAGAAGAACCAAUAUGAUCAGCGAAAAUAACUUAAGGACAGGUCUAUUAAAUUCACUCAUCCUUACACAUAACCACAGGCUAAAGUCCUAUCACAAAUCUUUCGAGGGCAUGGUGACUUACCAUUCGUUGAAAUGCAUUGGCGCUAACAUACCAAUACUAUAUAAUCUCAGCGUUAUUUUGAUCAUUCUUCGCUGUGUUAAGUUUGGGACUAUUGCGCUUGCUAUGGACGCAUCGAAUUCGCGCCGCUACUUAGCCCAACAAUAAUUCACACCAAUACAUUUGCAUUAUUUCGUUGGUAAACGUCUGAAGGAUCAAUUUAGAAGUUCCACCGAUUCCUGUGCAACAACCCAGAGUAUCGGAAUUGAUCAAUUCCGUACCGAACUCAAUCGAUCAUGCGUGAGAUGAUCAGCAAAGUGUAUGCUAUAAUCACUGCCUUGCCUGACGUAAUUACGUGCAUCGCCAGUAUACAAGCGCAUAAUAUACCGAUGCGAAUUUCGAGCAGAUUUAUCUGACGACGCAGCGCAACGUUCGAGGCGAAAGAAAAAGAAAACACUAUUACAAAAGAAAGAAUAGCAAGAAAGAAAGAAAUACCUAUCGAUCGUUCCUGGGAACAGGCAAUUUCGCGACACCGCUGGAGCGUUGAAACCGGAUUGAUUGAUUAUUGCUGUCUUUCUCGACAAUACUUCUGUGCGAAGUGGCAGUUAUUUUUUAUUCGCGCGACCGCCGCAGCUACCGAAACGCAGCUACGAGGACAGAGUCGGGGUCAUAGUAGGAGGCAAUUUAUUUUCUACGGGUUUCUAUGAAUACGCGUCACUGAUGAUCCGUGAGGCGGACAGAGUUAUCCCGACCACGUGGGUCAGUCGCGUAACGAUGUUGAAAUAUUCGAUUUAGUGUUAUGAUAUAGUAGACCUGCAGUGUUCCCUAAAUGAAAUAGAUGCGUUACACCAAUGACGUACGAAUUUUUGCAGAUGGUAUCGCUUCCGUAAUUUCGCGUCUCUCCUCGCGCCCCCCUUAACGUCUCGUUUCUUUCUUCCUCCUUCACCUAUCGUCUAGCAGUGCGAUCCGGCACAGGCGUUCGAGGAAUCCCCGACGAACCUCACACGUUUCGCGAAGUUACGGGGGCAAUACUGUAUUAGUUUACGGGACGCGUAAAGCCAGAAUACAAUGCGCUUGUAUCACGGUUUCCAUCGUCGGCGACGCGAGCGGUUCACGAACAAUGAUCGCGCGAGGAUAAAAGAAUAAUUUUCGGCUUGGAAAUCCUCCCGUUCGCCGUAGUACAGCGCAUCUUUCGAAAUCCCUGUACGCAAAUUUCGUUCCCACAACAGUAGAGUUUAUAA